GGAGCGGCUCCGACCAGGACCGAACACACCUUCACCACAGGAACAGACAGGACUGAGGAGAACCUGACAGGAUUGUGUACACAGCAGAAAUUGAGAAACAGAAGAAGAACACUUUUACCUGCUGACACUGAGAGAUUUGUUGGACAUUCGCUUUCUCUUUUUUUUUUAUCCUGUUUUCAUUUUCGGACAGUUCUGGGGACAUUUGAGAGAAACUGAUUAUUGCUCAUUAUUACAGAGAUUGAUUUAUUUCUCCCCCCCUAGAAGCAGCCGGAAAGCUUCCACCUCUUAUUUUUGUUUCGUUUUUCAUUGUAACGACUUUAUGUCAACAAAGAUGGAGCAGCCUUUUUACCACGACGACUCGUUCCUGUCGCCUUACGGCCACUCCGACUCAGCCAUGCACGACUACAAGGUGCUGAAGCAGAGCAUGAACUUGAACCUGACGGAGCCCUACCGCAGCCUGAAGUCCCAGCUGCGGGCCGAGGCGGACCCGUACCAGGGCGGGCAGCCGGACGUCGGGUCCCUGAAGCUCGCCUCUCCGGAGCUGGAGCGGCUCAUCAUCCAGAACAGCAACGGGGUGAUCACCAGCCCCACGCCGGGACAGUACUUCUACAACCGGGGCAUCACCGACGAGCAGGAGGGCUUCGCGGAGGGCUUCGUGAAGGCGCUGGACGAGCUCCACAAGAUGAACCAGAUGCCCCCUCCGAACGUCUCCAUCGGAGCCGGCGGGGUCGCGGCGUGUUCUGCGGCGGCCUCUAGCGUAUUCGGCUCCGCGCUGCAGCCCGAGGCGCCCAUCUACACGACGCUGAACGCGUACUGUCCGAACGCCAGCACGCUCUCUUCCGCCUCCAGCUACCCCACCGCCACCAUCAGCUACCUGCCGCCUCACCAGCAGCAGCAACAGCAGCAGCAGCAGCAGCAGAGCCACACACACACCUCGGCGCCCGCGGGACACCUCUUCCAGCACGCGCACCUCGGCUCCGGCAUGCACCCGCAGCGGCUGGUGGCCCUCAAAGAGGAGCCCCAGACCGUGCCGGACCUGCUCAGCAGCGACGGCUCGCCGCCGAUGUCCCCCAUCGACCUGGAGACCCAGGAGCGCAUCAAGGCAGAACGCAAGCGGCUGCGGAACCGACUCGCCGCCACCAAGUGCAGGCGGCGCAAGCUGGAGCGCAUCGCCCGGCUGGAGGAGAAGGUCAAGGUCCUGAAGAGCGACAACGCCGGGCUGUCCAACACGGCGUCGGUGCUGCGGGACCAGGUGGCCCAGCUCAAGCAGAAGGUCCUGACGCACGUGAGCAGCGGCUGUCAGCUGAUGCUCACCAGCAAGCUCGAGGCGUUUUAGAGCCACGAACUCAUACUCACGGACUUGCUAAAUGACUGAAAAGUAAUAAACACUGGAGGCACGUCCUGCGACGCGCGGCGCUGGACUGCGCGACGCGGCCCGCCGCACGCAGCCGACCGCGGCGCGCUCUGAUCCGGACUGAUCUGAAAUGGUAGUGUCGGAUGCUGGUCACCGCUCAUAGGACCAUUCAACACUGCAGCGACCAGGCUGAGCAGCACGGCGGGCGCUGGUCCACAUUAAGUUGGGUUUACUAAUGGUAGAAAAAUGGGAAUGACUAUUGUACUACUUUGUAUCUUGUUUUUUUUGUUUGUUUUUGUUUUUCGCAAUGCUGCAUUUAUUUCUUUAUAAGUUAUUUUUUUGUUUGCCCGGUUGAUCCGGGCAAACUAUUGUCCAAUGUUUACAUUGUCUCUUUCUUUUUUUUAAAUAUUAUUUGUGACGUGUAUUUAAGUAAAUUGUCCUUUGAAACGAAACAAAACGACUUGAGUGGUCUUUUACU